AGUAUAUGUAUGAGAGAAGGUAUCACGGGCAAAAGGAGGAUUUAGAGUCUUCUAUAUGUCUAUAUAUAUGUGUGCUUGCCCGGCAGCGCUCCUAGUUGACUUGAAGAAUAAGAGAAACGACACACACGCGUGCAGCCUGCUCUUGUUGUUAUCCUUCUACCGUGACUAAAAACAACCACAGCAAAGUGUUUCCCAAUAGCCAUCAUUCAACAACCUCGAAAUGGCCUUUCCCGCAACUCACGCCAAACGAGACGCCAUCGUUCUACAAGCGAGCAGAGGUUUCGCAUCGGCCCCCAACUCGCCUCGAGUCUUCCUUCAGUCCGGUGGUUUGAACAAGCGUGCGGACAUAAUGCAACUGAUCCGUCAGGCUGAUAAGCCAGACUGCCCCGACGUCGAAGCCAUGCUUCAACGUAUCUGCUCUUUGUUUCCGACCGCAAGGGAAUACGACGUCAGAGAGCUUUUGAUCAAGUAUCAUUACCGUGAAGCUGUGGUUGUUAGCGCCCUUCAAGUUCUCAAAUAUCCGUUGACGAUGCCUGGCCCAGCGUCAGUAGCCACUCCGCCUAUGCGACACCUGCCACCGACAUUCUAUGUCCCAUCUUCGCUUCAUGCUUGGAGUGAGACUACAAGCGAUGGGCGGAAUUCCAAACUCGGCGGAGCCUUCUCUACGACCAGUAAUACACCCAUGCAUUCGCCGUUACCAAGCCGUCCGCAUCAUUCUCCUAAGAUUAAAUUAAAGUAUUUGAAAAGCGUUUUCCCGAAAGCAGAGGAAACCUUCUUGCUGGAUCUGCUCGUCGGAAUGGACAAUAAUGUCAACCAAGUGACGCAGCAGCUGCUGACACUUGGCCAUCAGAAAAAAGAUAAACCGACGCCAUUAACUCCACGGCACAGUGUGAUGUCACCGGCCCCAAGUGUCAUUGAGAAUGAACCAAUUGAAGAAGAAGUUGUCGUCAUAAAGAAGCUCCCCUCGCUCUUUGAGAUGCAAACAAUGAAAGAAGAACUCAAAAAACUUUUUCCUGACGAGGAAGAAACCGUAAUUCAAUUGGCUUUAGAGAGCACCGAUUUUGAUUUGCAAAAGGCUCAGUUGGUACUGUCAAGCUCCCAAGAACGUGACGAAUCUUUUUCUACAAUCAAAAAUUUGACCUUGAGUGGUAUUAAACACACCGUAACACUUUCAUCAUUGAAAUCAAGCCCGUCAGUUUUAUCUACCUUCAAAGACAUAGCAAAUCUCUACUCACCGAUGCAAGAGCUGAAUCCGAAUGACGUUAGCCAUCGUUGCAAACCGAUGCACCAACCCAUCAGCACACCGGCAUCAUCCCUCUAUCGUGGAAACAAUGAUUCACUUUUGGGUGAGAGCUACGUUACGCCCAACGGUCCACAACGCAAUCUAGUCCACGGCCCCAACAGUUCCCUAAGGCUUUCUACUGACAUCCACAACAGCCGUUUCUUAAUGUGUCCUGAACAGCGUGUGGCGGUGCAAGGUCCUAACGCGACUAACCGACAUGGUCCAAAAGUUACCCCUCGUCUAAGUCUUUCUAGUUUCAUCGCAAACAAGUUCAAGAAGGAAUCAAUGAGGCGUCUGUAGACCGUGCACAUGUGCACACCUUUUCCCGCCAAACCUAAACGAUCGUCCAAGAAAUUCUGUCCAAUAUUGCCAUAUUUUCUGUCUACUUGAAUGCGAAUGCCCCGAAGGUUGUUUAUUCGAUGUUGUCAAUAGGAUUGUUAAAUGUUUUACAUUUAAGUGAUUGCAAUUCUGUGUUGUUGAAAUGGUUAUGUCAUUACUUGAAAUAAGUCUAUCGUUUUCACUUGUGACAAGUCCUGUGAAUGUGUGAAAUUUAGUCAAAUGAAAAGUAAUAAUUUUUCCCAAUCCUGAUAAGACAUUGGCAGAAAUAAAUAAAACUCCUAAUUCUUAAA